AUGAUUACAUUUACCAAUUUCAACUUAAUCAUUCUUCAUAUACGCCUGCCUAUCUAUCUAUCUAUCUAUCUAUCUAUCUAUCUAUCUAUCUAUCUAUCAUACUGCUCAGAUCUAUCUAUCUAUCUAUCUAUCUAUCUAUCUAUCUAUCUAUCUAUCUUCAUUUCUCCAUUUCUUUGUAAUAGACUGAUCAUAUCUAUCUAUCUAUCUAUCUAUCUAUCUAUCUAUCUAUCUAUCUAUCUAUCUCUCUAUCUAUCUAUCUAUCUAUCUUUUUUUAUGUCUUUUUGUUUCUAUAUAUCUAUCUAUCUAUCUAUCUAUCUAUCUAUCUAUCUAUCUAUGUCUUUCCUGUUUAUAUCUAUCUAUCUAUCUAUCUAUCUAUCAUUUCUAAUAUGUCUUCAUUUGGCUCAUCCCAUUCACGAUAAACGAGAGUAUAUUUUACCUAAUCUCCUAAAUGUACGUAUUUUCUUCUUCUUCUUUUUCUCUUUUUCGAUUCCAAUUUCUUUACUACCCCUCCCCUUCUUCUUGUCUUUUUCGUUUUCAGUUUACUUACUACACUUCUUCUUCUUCUUCUUCUUCUUCUUCUUCUUCUUCUUCUUCUUCUUCUUCCACAUAUCCUCAUCCUACUCUUACCGGUCUUUCUUCUUUUUCCUCUUUCUUCUCUUUCACGCUUUUCUUAUUCCUUUAUUCUCUUCCACUUCCUCCUCUUGA